AACCGAGGUUUGAAUCGAGCCGGUUAUACAGAGAGAGGAGCAGCGUUCGCCGAUAAGUUUCGCGAUCUGUGAUCUUAGGAGGAGAAACGGAAAAUGGCGUUCAGAGGGAAGGAGAUGAUGAAGAAGCUGGUGAAGAAGGUCGGAGCGGAGACUCUAACGCCGGAGCUGAAAGAGAAGCUCAAGGCUUGUGUUCCGGAUUCCAAAGUCGUGAUGGGCAGAGCCAAGCGCGGUCUCUACGCCGGCCGCCAUAUCCAGUACGGCAACCGCGUUAGUGAAGACGGUGGCAACAAGUCAAGAAGAUGUUGGAAACCGAACGUCCAAGAGAAGAGAUUGUUCAGCUACAUAUUCGACCGCCACAUUAAAGUCAAAGUCACAACGCACGCUCUCCGCUGCAUCGACAAGGCAGGAGGGAUAGACGAGUACCUGCUUAAAACACCAUACCAGAAGAUGGACACAGAGAUGGGUCUUUUCUGGAAAACCAAAGUGGAGCAAAGAUACGCAGAGCUAGGUCAAAUGGAAGUAGCCUUCUUCAAUCCAGAGGACGAAGCCAAGUUCGAACAAGGGUUCAAAGACUUGAAUAUAGCUAAGAAAGAGGCUCGUAGGGAAGCUCGUAAGGAAGCAAGAAGAAAGAUGUAUGGAGAUAAAGGCGGAGAAGAGAAGGGUGAGGAAGAAGCUUCUCUCGAAGCUGGAGGGUCAGAAUCACACCAAGAUGAUCAUGGGUGGUUAGAAGCUAAUGCUUAGAGUGCUGUCUGGCUUUUCUUUUUUUAAUGCUGAGUUUCUUCAACGUUUUGGAUUUUUGGAAGAUGAGAGAGGUAAGUGAUGUUGUUGUAGGUUAUAGGUUCGAUUCCUCCCCUACAAAUGAAUCCAUAAGUAAGGUUUUAGCUUUGAUCAAUGUGGAACAAAGGUCUUGUAAUGAGCGGUUUACACCCUACUUUGGAAUUUGGAUCUCUAGAUGCAAUAAGUUCUGUUGAA